GCAUUUCCCAAAGAGUUAUACUACAUAAAACCAAUGCAGUGCAUGUACACAUGUCUUCGAAAGGGAAGAAGUGAGAUUUUAUAGAGAGCAAGUUUCAACUUCAAGUAAACGCAUUCCCAUAAGGAAUAAAAGCACCGAAGAGAUAAAGUGUCUCUCUGCUUUUUUCAGUUCCUCCACGAAAAUCGAAAACUCGUGUUGUGUUCUAACUGAUUCCGCUGUAUUGUUCCUUUUGUUUUCUCAAAAUUUCUGUGUUUUUUUGGUGACAAAUGAUGAAGAGAGAGACGUUAAAAGAAGUUGGAAUAGUCGGAGGGUUGGUCGGAGCUCAGGUGAUUUACGCUGGAAACUCGGAGGUACUGAGCCAGGUCUUGUCUCUUGGAGUUGAUCCACUUCUUGUUGCUAUCUUCUGCACCUUUGCAUCAUUUCUUCUCAUCAGUCCUCUUUCUUUUCUCCUUGAAAGGGAAGUGUGGCCCAGAAGUCUAAGUUUCAAGUUGAAGACAAAACUGGUUUUGGUUUCUCUUGUUGGAGUAACUCUGUUCCAGUGGUUAUUCUUUGAAGGAAUGAAACACACCUCUGCAUCAAUGGCUACAGCUAUGCCUAAUCUCGCUCCUGCUUUCAUUUUCGUCAUCGCUUGGGCUACUGGGAUGGAGAAAGUGAAGCUAAGUUGUAUGUACAGUAGAGUUAAGAUGGGAGGGACCGUGUUAUGUGUGAUGGGAGCUCUCAUUAUGAGCUUAAUGCACAGUACUAAAGCCACCUCUAGCUCGCUCAAGGCUCUGCCUAUUGUCCCUGACGACGUCGCUUUGGACAAAGAGAAGAUCUUAGGUUGCCUCUGUCUCUUCCUUUCCAUCUGCUGUUUGUCCUCAAGUCUUGUCCUCCAGGCAUCCAUACUGGUCGAGUUCCCGGCGCCUGUCUCUAUGUUUUCAGUGGUGACUUUGAUCGGUGGGUUCACCACGGUAGCUUUGCAGUAUGUUGUUAAGGGGAGUAUGGAUAUGGGAAGUGCAUCAGUAAUCGGUCUCAAGAACCUUGUGGGAUACGCAGUGCUGGUACAUAUAUUCCUCUAAAAUAUAAUGUAAAGCCCCCCUUGUAUUGAUCAAACACGAUGGGUAUAUAUACAAAUAGGAAUGGCAUAACCUAGCUAGGAAUAGGAAACUUUAGAUUAGCCUAAAUCCCUAAGAUAUGGGAAUUGUACAUUAUUAUCAUUAUCCCUU